AUGUCAAAUAAGCAACUAGGGACCCUUAUUGUACGCGUUGCAAAUGCGAAAAAUUUGCCCAACAAGGCUCUUAUCGGGAAACAAAACCCUUACUGUAGCUGUCGUGUUGGAGAAAUUGUAAAGCGUACCCAUACCGAUAAACGGAGCGGGCAAGCUCCUUUUUGGAAUGCGGUUUUGGAAUUUCCCAUUCGCAGCGAAAGUUACAACACCAUGAAGGUGUACGUGUACCAUCAAGGAUUCCGGAAACACGCCCAUCUAAUCGGUGACACCGUACUUUCAUUUCAAAAAGCUCUCAACCAAGGCGAGCAAAGCCAAUGGUAUGAAUUAAAAAACGACUUUCAAUUUGCUGGCGAAAUCUCUAUUCAAUUCAAAUUUCUCCCUUCUGACCCCGAUUACUUCAAAUUCGCCAAUCCUUCCACUUCUACGACUUCUCUUCCUUUCCCCCAAUUUAGUGUUGCUACGUUGGCCUCUUUACCGACUUCUGCCUCUGAUCCGUCCAUUUCCACUAAAAAGACGAAAAAGACGCGCCAUCCUCUUCCCACUCCCCCAAUCGGUCCCUCUCAGGACUAUAACGAUUUCCUUGACGAUGCAUCGUCCUUUUCCCACCAAGCAAACGAAUUGCCUUCUUUCCCAUCUCCCUCCAUGGUUGACGAAUAUUAUUACGAGAAUGACUAUCCGGAAUCCGUCGACGAAUUUCCAAUAGACGAGCCUUCGAUAUAUUCUCAUUCCACUCUUCCACCCGUUCCCAUAAUCCAAGAGGAUCCCGACAAUUAUCACCCUCUGCCUCCAGUUCCUCCUCCUCACACAUCGCAUCGGGACUCGUUUCCCUCAUCUUAUUAUCGCUAA